UGUUUUGUUUGUGUGCGCGAGGAUGGUUACGCGCGGAGUGUUUAGCAGCGGCUGUUCGCCCCAAUAAUUUAAGAAUUAGAAUCCGCGGCGAGUUCGGACUUCGGUUGACAGGUGUGAUCGGCAUCGCAUGUGUCCGGAUCGGCGCGCGGAGUGGACGUGUUGCGUGAAAGCGCGAUGAACGCGACGAGCCUGUACGUGUCUACGUGUCGACUGGUGCUGCAGGCAGACGCCGAGGAUCCCAACUCCUGGACGGAUCUUUACAGGCUGGUGCCGUAUCUGCGGCAGAGUCUCAGCUGUACCGUGUGCUCGAAUCUCCUCAUCGAGCCGCACACGCCGACCGAGACCAACUGUCAGCAUCACGUGUGCCGCGGAUGCCGCGGCGGCCGCAAGAAGCUAAAACCGUCAUGCGGCUGGUGCAAGGAUUACGAGAAAUACGUGGAGAACGUCCAACUACGGAUACUGCUGCAGUGUUAUAAGAAGCUAUGCGAGUACCUCACCAGCACCGGUAUCUAUCGCACCCUCCUGCUGUCCGUGACGUCCGCGAACAGCGCUACCACCAACGGGGCACCGUCCACCAUCGGUGCCACCAGCCUCAUGGAACUUAUCCAGGAAGGCGCCGGCUUCAAGGACGAAUUCAAGAGCAACGCCGGCUUGUCCAAGUCUGCGUACAGUAUCCUACCAUGUGUUUACACCAGCACCACCUCAACGCAGACACAGGGAAAUAGCGUGCAGACCACCGAGGCGAUAUCCCAGAGUAUACCUGGUGUGUACCGUCAACACCGUUCUCUUAAAACAAAAUCGCCAACGAUCCGUACGGUAUCGAAUGGAUCCUCUAUAUAUUCUGUGAUGUACGCUGGAUCUGGUAAUAAAAUUACGAUAAAACGUAAAGCGGCUGCUACAGAGGACAUGGAUACGAGUCAACAGGAGACGGAUGGGAGCCAGCACAGCUCUGUAGGAGGGGUAAAAUGCAUUCCGUCUUCCCACCUUAGAUAUGGGACCCCUUCUGAGAAAAAAUCUUCAAAAAGCAGCAAACAGUCUUCAGGCAGUUUUAAGAAGCCGAGGUCAAGUUCAGCUAGAAGUAAAAGGAAAGGAUGCAGAUGUGGCAAUGCCACUGCAAUACCUGGCAAACUUACCUGUUGUGGUCAAAGGUGUCCUUGUUAUGUGGAAAGUAAACCUUGUGUAGAAUGUAGAUGUAGAGGUUGCAGAAAUCCUCACACGGCAGAUGGAUUAAAGAUCCGUCCACAUAUACCUGAACUUCAUAAUUUACAAUUGCAACUGUCCACCUCUUUGGAUUGCGACGCACUAAGUGGAGACCCUCUGGGAUCUGUACCGCAGUGUCUAUCGACGUCUCCUACAACAAUACAAGUUUUAAAUGUGUAUUCCACUCCGAGACUAGACAUUGACAAUGUACCACAAAACUUACCUGCUGCUUUGUUAGUGGGGGAAGAUGCUAUGGUGAGUACUGAAAGUGAAGCAGAAGAUAGUGAUAUACAAAUUGAUGUGUGACAUAGUAUUUAAAUGAACAUUGCAAAAGUGAUAACAGAUACCUGUGGUAACAGAGUAUGGCGAGUGCGCCUCUAAGUAGAAAAGGACGCAUCGUGUAAAUAGCUUAAUUGAUACUGAUCUGCAUUGAAAAUUAUAAGAAUCAAAAAUAUGCAAUUACAAAUUUGCAAUGGUAAUAGUAAACAUAUAUAUAUGUAUGUAUGUAUGUAUGUGUGUGUGUGUAUAUGUUUACUAUCACUUAUAUAUUUGUGUAAAUAUUUUGUACAUGACAUGAAAAAACUGUGAAAAAUUUAAUUAAAUAUUUAACAUGUUCCCUGCCACGUGGGUCAACCAUACUGAACUUUCUGUUCAAGCCGUUUAAUAUUUUUGCUAUUAAAUGUAAUUAUUAUAAAAUAUUUUGUAAAAUCAUCUAUUGAUGCUUAUAUAUAUGCAUAGUGCAAUUAUCAUACUGUAUAUGGAACGCAUACAUUCAUUUCUGAUUAUUAAUUUUAAUUUAAAAUUUGACUGUAACAAUAAUAUUGUGCAUGUAAAAUUCCAAUUUAAUUUUUAUAUUCAUGCUAAAGAAAUGGACCAAAAAACGGUCCAAAACGUACAUUUUUAAUGUACUCUUGUUAAUAAAAAUUUAAUAAUUAUAAGUUUGCACACCACUACCCGCGCCUUGGCUCUUAUCUGUCAGUAUUCCCAUUUAAUUGUUUGUACUUUGAUCCUAUUGCUGUUAUUUUUCUUUCUUUUAAUUUUAUAGCGAUGAUGUAACAAUAAUGUUCGCAAUCUUAUAAAUAUUACAUGUCAUAAGCAAAGUUAUUAGCCUCGAUAACGUGAGGUGACCAACGCGACGUGAACGGAAAGUCGAGACCAAAAAUCGGUUUGGCACAGAACAUGUUAAUCACAAUGACAACAGUCAA